UCUUAACGGUAGGCGCUACAAAGCUGAGUUUACUUUCUAGAAAACUCUUUUCUAGAAAGUUGCAUUUUAUCACUGCAAAAGGAUUUUCUUUCCAAAUGAGUAGCUUUCGAGUAAGAGUUUUGGAGUCACAGAGACAGAUUAAGAAAGUGAUGAAAGGCAAUUGUCAAAUUCACGGAGGAAAAAAAAAAUACUCUGCUUGGGAGACUUCUUUUUACCUGUCCAUAACGGGGUAGCGAUGUCGGCAUCUAACAAGUCAGCAGUUUCUCCGCACCAAAUAAGCACUAUUUUGCUGAGUAAAGGGAGCCUUACCCUUUAUAUUCAUUCCUAACCAACGAGGUGCAGGGAGAAUUUUAGUCCACCAGGUUUUUACAGUGAUGAAAGCCGAGCUGUGUUACUGAGAUCACGACCAUCGUAGCCAGCAUAGGUGGUUGACCUGUAGUAUGUUUGUGUGUAUAGAGGGCAGGUGGUAGGAUGGGGAAUCUGCCACAAAAUUACGUAAAAUAAUCGGAAUAAUUGUAAUUGCCUAAAACAGAAACGUGCAACUAGAGAAGUGAGUAGUGACGCAAACACUGGAUCCGUUUUGGAAAUGUUCUAAGACCAGACUAUUAACACAGUGAGGCGUUUUAAACGGAGCUUGCUAUGUGUUUGGAGAGAAACACAUACCCUUUUACUAGGAACUGGAAACAAACUCUUUGAGUGGCAGUAUCACCGUGGCUGUUUUCCCCUGGCCUCAUUUCGUUCCAGGUUUACGGUCUGCAUUAUGACUGGAGCCAGCAGUCGGCUCGCUCUUUUCCUUUGCUGCCGUUUCGUGGUGGCCCUGGGAGUCCGCACCGCGGCGCACUGCGUGGCUGAGGAUCACGAGGCUGAAUAUUACACGGCCGCAGUGUACGAGCACCAGUCGAUCCUGAGUCCCAACCCUCUCGCUCUCACCAGCCGCAAGCAGGCCUUGGAGCUAAUGAACCAGAACCUUGACAUCUACGAACAGCAAGUGAUGACUGCAGCCCAAAAGGGUGUACAGAUUAUAGUGUUCCCGGAAGAUGGCAUUCAUGGAUUCAACUUUACAAGAGCAUCCAUUUACCCAUUUUUGGACUUCAUGCCGUCUCCCCAGCUGGUCAAGUGGAACCCAUGCCUGGAGCCCCACAGAUUCAAUGACACGGAGGUCCUCCAGCGCCUGAGUUGUAUGGCCAUCAAGGGAGAUAUGUUCCUAGUGGCCAAUCUCGGGACGAAGCAGCCUUGUCAUAGCAGUGACCAAGGGUGCCCAAGUGAUGGAAGAUACCAGUUUAACACAAAUGUCGUGUUCAGCAAUAAUGGAACCCUUGUGGACCGCUACCGCAAACACAACCUCUAUUUUGAGGCAGCUUUUGAUACUCCUCUCCAUGUAGAUCACAUCAUCUUUGAUACGCCUUUUGCUGGCAAGUUUGGCGUCUUCACUUGCUUUGAUAUAUUGUUCUUUGACCCUGCCGUCAGACUCCUCAGAGACACUGAGGUGAAGCACAUCGUGUUUACGGCUGCCUGGAUGAACCAGCUCCCACUCUUGGCAGCUAUUCAGAUUCAGAGUGCUUUCGCCAUAGCCUUUGGUGUCAAUUUCCUGGCUGCUAACAUCCACCACCCAUUUCUGGGGAUGACUGGAAGUGGCAUACACACCCCUCUGAAGUCUUUUUGGCACCAUGACAUGGAAAACCUCACAGGUCACCUUAUAAUUGCCCAGGUAGCCAAAAAUCCACAGAGUCUCGUUAGUAUAGAGAAUGCCACAGAUAAAAUGGACCCAUCCCAUAGUAAGUUUUUGGAAAUCUUGGCAGGUGAUCCAUACUGUGAGAAGGAUUCUCAGGAAGUCCAUUGUGAUAGAGCCACCACAUGGAACAUGAACGCACCUCUCACGUUUCACUCUGAGAUGAUGUAUGAUGAUUUUACCCUGGUCCCAGUAGAGGAAAUGGAAGGCUAUCUCCGAGUCUGUGCAAAUGGCCUCUGCUGUCAUUUACUUUACCAGAGGCCCACUUUGUCCAAAGAGCUGUAUGCCCUGGGGGUCUUUGAUGACCUUCACACGGUGCACGGCACUUACUAUGUUCAAGUUUGCGCCCUGGUCAAGUGUGGGGGUCUUGGUUUUGACACCUGUGGGCAAGAGAUCACAGAGGCGACGGGGGUAUUUGAGUUUCACCUUUGGGGGAACUUCAGUACUUCCUAUAUCUUUCCUCUGCUCCUGACCUCAGGGAUGACCCUGGAAACCCCUGACCAGCUCGGCUGGGAGAAUGACCACUAUUUCCUGAGGAAAAGUAGACUGUCCUCUGGCCUAGUGACGGCGGCCCUCUAUGGGCGGUUGUACGAGAGGGAUUAGGAGAAGUGUGGGGCAGGCAGUGGCCGCUGCAUGGACAGCCCUGCACUUGCACAGGCCACAGCUCACAAGCACCGGGACCACCUCUUCCCCCAUCCUGGGAGCUGGGAGAAGAAGUAGGGGAGACAGAUCGAUUCCCCCAGUGUGUCUAGUAUGAAAUGUCCUCUUAAGUGUAAAUUAUUGAGAUGUUUUCUGGUAUUUUCUACCCACAUUUAUCUUUUUCAAGCCACACCUUCCUCCAGCAAAUCUCUUACUAUACAACUGGUUUUAAGAGCGAAAAAAAUUACAGUUUAUAUUUUAUAAAUCCUUAAAUCAGUGA